ACGUUGAGUUGGCCCUGCCGCUACUGGGUUAUGUAUUUUCAGGUUAUUAAACUUAAUUUAACAUGGUGUUAGACAUUGAAUUAUUUCGUUCGGACAAAGGAGGCGACCCCGGCAAAAUCAGGGAAAACCAAGCCAAACGGUUUAAAGAUGUGAAGCUUGUAGAUAAAGUGGUUGACCACGAUACAGAAUGGAGAAAACUGCGGUAUCGUGCAGACAACUUGAAUAAGCUGAAGAACAUGUGCAGCAAAGUAAUAGGAGAAAAAAUGAAGAAAAAGGAGCCUGUUGGAGAUAGUGAAACCCUUCCUGAUGAAAUCUCAAAAGAUGUUGAAAGUUUAACUCAAGACCAGCUGAAACCUCUUACGGUUACCCAAUUAAAAAAAGUACGACAACUAAUAGAUGAGUUGAUGAAGCAAAAUGACAGUGAUCUUCUCCAGAGGGAAACGGACAGAAACGAAGCUCUAAAGGAAAUAGGAAACAUGCUCCACGAGUCUGUAAUCGUUAGCAAUGAUGAGGAGGAGAAUGGCAUUGAAAGAACAUUUGGAGAUGUUUCUGUUCGAAAGAAAUAUUCACAUGUAGACCUGGUAGUGAUGGUGGAUGGAGUUGAAAAUGCUAAAGGAGCUGAAGUAUCGGGAGGACGAGGUUAUUACCUCAAGGGUCCGUUGGUGUUCCUGGAACAGGCAUUGAUCAACCAUGCACUAAUGAUGCUGAGCAAUAAAGGAUUUCAGCCCUUGUAUACACCAUUCUUCAUGAGAAAGGAGGUGAUGCAGGAGGUAGCCCAGCUGUCACAGUUUGACGAAGAGCUUUACAAGGUUAUAGGAAAGAGUGAAAAGAAAGACGACAUUGAGGAAAAGUACUUAAUCGCGACAUCGGAGCAGCCGAUAGCAGCUUUUCACAGAGAUGUGAUUGCCACUGAUAAUCUUCCAAUCAAAUAUGCUGGUGUCUCUACAUGUUUUCGACAGGAAGUAGGGUCACAUGGACGUGACACGAGAGGCAUUUUCCGGGUCCAUCAGUUCGAAAAGAUAGAACAGUUUACGCUGACGUCGCCAUUUGACAACAAAUCCUGGGAAAUGUUCAAUGAGUUAAUAGCAAAUGCAGAGGCAUUCAACCAAUCAUUGGGCAUCCCAUACCGGAUUGUCAACAUCGUCUCAGGAGAACUGAACAAUGCUGCUGCCAAAAAGCUAGACUUGGAGGCAUGGUUCCCUGGCUCUGGAGCAUUUAGAGAGCUGGUUUCAUGCUCAAACUGUACUGACUACCAGGCUAGGAGACUUCGUGUGCGGUAUGGACAGACCAAGAAAAUGGGACAAGAGGUGGAUUAUGUCCACAUGCUGAAUGCAACGAUGUGUGCUGUGACAAGGACUAUAUGCGCCAUUCUGGAGAACUACCAGGCAGAGGAUGGUGUGCUGGUUCCUGAGGUUCUGAAAGGGCUCAUGCCACCAGCAUACAAAGAAAAGAUUCCUUUCGUGAAACCAGCUCCAAUAGAAGAACAGGAGACAAAAAAACAGAAGAAACACAGAGAAGCACAAAAGAAAACCCAGGAACCAAACAUUGAGGCUGGAUUGAAGGACAUGGACCUAAAGAAAUGAUCUUAUUUGAAUUUAAAAAUCACAACAUUUACUUAAAGGAAUAACUUAUAUAAAUUGUAACUUGUGAAGUUUGUGGCAUCUCUGUUGUGAAGGGGCUUCUGAUUCUCGCAUUGUCACUUUUUCUCUCCGAAAUGAAACAAUAAACAGAAUUUGUCACACUCAGCAUGACCAAUUUAU